UCUCGAUUCCAGCUUACGGAGCUUAAUAACGCCCGUUCUCUCGCACUUCUCUAUCAAGGAAAGACCUGUAGUGUCUCGCAAGUGGCGCAAGAUCGCAUCAUCGACUCGCAGGUGUCGAGCUCAGCUACGGCGUCUUGGAUUCGAUACCUCGGCUCCAGCUUUCCCCACAUUGUUUACGAUGUUGAAUCAUCAAAAUCAUAUCAGACGCCUUACUCACACCUCCCGACACACCAAAAGCUGGUUAACACGGCAUUGACUAGCAGUUAUGGCUACGGAUCCUAACGGAAAGCGGGUGAGCUUCUCGCAAGGCAUAAAGGCGUGUGUGACCCUCUCGUAUUCACGACCACAUUCGAAACGACAUCUGGUGUUCCAUACUAUCCUUUCCACCGUUUCACAGCAUGUCGCUCGAACUCUCGGAUCCAGAGAAGCCAGUGAUCGCCUCUAUAACAGAAGACUCACACACACCACUCACUUGGGACGACCCUCGCGAGAUCAGGAACCCCACACACUGGGGUAUAGGCAAGAAGGUCUUUCACACCCUAGUACCAUGCUGCGCGGCCUUUGAAGCUACUUUUGCGACAUCCAUCAUGGUCCCUGCCACACCACUAUUGAUGGAGGCUUUUGCGGUCCCGCGGACGCACGCUCUUCUCUCGUUGACUCUCUACACGAUGGGGAUUGCAUUUGGUCCUCUGUUCAUUGCGCCACUAUCCGAAGUCUUCGGUCGCAAAUACGUCUAUGUUGUCUCAUUAACCAUGCUGCUCGCCUUCACAGGCGGUGCCGGGGCCGCUCAAGACUUUGGCACCCUGUUAGCAUGCCGUCUACUUGCCGGCACGCUCGGCUCCUCUACAGUCGCCAUUGGUGCAGGAACCAUCGCUGAUGUGUGGGCACUGGGAAAAAGUGGUGGCACUGCCUCGCUUUUCUUUAUUCUUGGACCUUUUCUUGGGCCUACACUUGGUCCCCUGGCCGGCGCGUACGUCCUUCACGAUCGACACGAUGAUUGGCGAUGGACAAUGUGGCUUUUGAUGAUAGUCGGCGCACCUAUCUGGCUUGGAGCUAUCAUAAUGAACGAGACGUCACAUGCCAAACUGACGCAGAGGUACGGCUACGUUGAAGCUCAAUUGACUGAGAAAGGACUCUUCGCGGCUGCGGUAGAGAAGGUCUUGAUUGGCGUCAAACGUCCGACGAGAAUGCUUUGCACCGAACCCAUCGUCAUUUCUCUUGCCAUCUAUACCGCCUUCGCGUACGCAACAGUCUUCAGCUACUUCGGAAGCGCUUCCUACGUGCUACAGCGAUAUUAUCAUUUCAACGAGCGCCAGGUUGGUCUGAGUUUCAUCAGUGUGAUCAUUGGCUACCUCCUUGCUGCUUUUAUGUUUGGGACCUUUGAUAAGACUCUUUAUGCAAAGGCAGUCGCUGCUGGUAAUGGGACUGCGGCUCCAGAGCACCGACUGUAUGCCGGUAUGGUGGGGAGCAUCUUUCUACCGAUCAGUCUUUUCUGGUAUGCCUGGGAAGUCAAGCAAAACGGCAAUUGGGCAGCGCUCGUAGCUGCAGGCAUCCCGUUCGGUCUGGGAUCCUUCUCCAUCUUUCUGUCUUCCAUCACCUACAUGGUCGAUGUCUACAAAGCUAGAGCAGCAGCUUCAGCGAUCGCUGCAAACGGCGUUUUGAGAUACCUUCUAGGUGCCAUCUUUCCCUUGUUCACCAUCCAAAUGUACCAGUCUCUCGGGCCGCACUGGGCAAGCAGUAUCUUUGCAUUUGUUGCUUUGCUACUGAUGCCAAUACCAUGGCUCUUGUUCAAGUUCGGGCACAAGCUGCGGUGAACUGGUAGAUGUGCCAGUUGAAGUUCGGCAGAGGUUCAACAAGUAGAACUUUUACUAUCUCAGUCUCGUAACAAACAUGACUUCUUCGGAAUCUGACC